AUUAGGUCGGACGGUGGCCGGCGAAAGACAAUAGGCUUACCGAGCCGAGGCAAGCGUUUGGAUGUGUGAGAGUCGGUGUUUACAUUCUACAGCCGUUUUUCCCAGGAUAUGGCUUCUGCCUCGGCCGUAUCUGUGCUGCUGGUGGCGGCAGAGAGGAAUCGGCGGCUGCGUUUCCCGAGCCUGCUGCUGCCUCCGAGAAAAUGGACUUGGAAGCAAAGAAACAUGAAAUAUGCUACAGCCACAGGAAGAAACAUUACCAAGAUCCUCAUUGCAAACAGAGGAGAAAUUGCCUGCCGGGUGAUGCGAACAGCCAAGAAAAUGGGUUUGCAGUCUGUGGCUGUUUACAGCGAUGCUGACAGGAAUUCCAUGCAUGUGAAUAUGGCAGACGAAGCCUAUUGCAUCGGCCCUGCCCCCUCCCAGCAGAGCUACCUCUCUAUGCAGAAAAUCAUCCAGGUGGCCAAACUCUCUGCUGCACAGGCUAUCCAUCCAGGAUACGGCUUUCUUUCAGAAAACAUGGAAUUUGCCGAACUUUGUAAACAAGAAGGAAUUAUUUUUAUAGGUCCUCCUUCAUCGGCAAUUAGAGACAUGGGUAUAAAGAGCACGUCCAAGUCCGUCAUGGCUGCCGCUGGGGUCCCUGUCGUGGACGGCUAUCACGGUGAGGACCAGUCCGACCGGUGCCUGCGGGAACAGGCGGCCAGAAUCGGUUAUCCCGUCAUGAUCAAAGCCGUCCGGGGCGGAGGAGGAAAAGGCAUGAGGAUUGCUAGAUCCGAAAAGGAAUUUCACGAACGGUUGGAAUCUGCACGGAGAGAAGCGAGGAAGUCCUUCAGUGACGACGCUAUGCUGAUCGAGAAGUUUGUGGACACCCCAAGGCACGUCGAAGUCCAGGUGUUUGGCGAUCACCAUGGCAACGCAGUAUACUUGUUCGAACGAGACUGCAGCGUACAGCGGCGACAUCAGAAGAUCAUCGAGGAGGCCCCCGCGCCUGGUAUCAAACCAGAAGUGAGAAGAAAGCUUGGAGAAGCUGCAGUCAGAGCUGCUAAAGCCGUAAAUUAUGUUGGGGCAGGCACCGUGGAGUUCAUUCUGGACUCGCAGCACAACUUUUACUUCAUGGAGAUGAACACGAGGCUGCAGGUAGAACAUCCUGUUACCGAGAUGAUCACGGGAACUGACUUGGUGGAGUGGCAGCUUCGGAUUGCAGCAGGUGAGGAGAUUCCUUUGAGCCAGGAAGAAAUCCUGCUGCAAGGCCAUGCCUUUGAGGCCAGAAUCUAUGCAGAAGACCCUAACAAUGACUUUAUGCCGGGGGCUGGACCGUUGGUACAUCUCUCUACACCUCUCGCAGAUCUUUCCACUAGGAUCGAAACUGGAGUACAGCAAGGAGAUGAUGUUUCCGUGCAUUAUGAUCCCAUGAUCGCAAAGCUAGUUGUAUGGGCUGCAGAUCGCCAGGCGGCCCUAACGAAGCUGAGGUACAGCCUUCGUCAGUUCAACAUCGUCGGCCUGCGCACCAACGCGGACUUCCUGCUGCGCCUGGCCGCGCACCCCGCCUUCGAGGCCGGCGCUGGAGCCGCGGCCCGCGCUUCCAGCCUGCAGACCCGAGAUCCAUUCUCUCCAUUUUCACUGAGCAGUGGAAGAAGACUGAACAUCUGUUACACCAGAAACUUGAUUCUUAGAGAUGGCAAAAGCAAUGUGGCCGUAGCUGUGACUUAUAACCACGACGGGUCCUACAGCAUGCAGAUCGAAGAUGAAACCUUCCAAGUCCUUGGUGCUCUUCACAGCGAGGGAGACUGCACUUACCUGAGAAGCUCCGUGAAUGGAGUUGUCCGCAGGGCUAAGCUGGUCACCCUGGAGAACGCCGUGCACCUGUUCUCCAUGGAAGGAAGUAUCGAGAUCACCGUUCCAGUGCCCAAAUACUUGUCUUCAGUGAGCUCAGAAGGAACCCAGGGAGGUACCAUAGCUCCUAUGACGGGAACCAUCGAAAAGGUGCUUGUGAAAGCUGGAGACAAAGUGAAAGCCGGAGAUUCUCUCAUGGUCAUGAUCGCUAUGAAGAUGGAGCACACCAUAAAGGCUCCCCGGGACGGCACGAUAAAGACGGUGCUCUUCACGGAAGGGUCGCAGGCCGACAGACACUCCCGUUUAGUCGAAUUCGAGGAGGAAGAGCGUGAGGGGAAGGGGUCGGAAUAAACCACCCCGGAAACUCCGCUGCGCUGUGCAGAAUCUGCAUCUGCAAAGCUGCUUUCGCCCAGCUCCCCUAAGCAGCAGUUUUUACCAAAUCAAUGAUCGGGAAGGGGCUAAAACCCUUCCCCAUGGGAGAAUCAUGUCCUGGGGUCCCAAACGCAAUACUAAAUGAUCUCAAAAGCAUUCAUAUUAAUAAAAUCAAAUUCUACUUUUUUAUCAUUAGAAGCUAACAUGGCUUGUUUCUGCCUCUGUAGUAUCUUUUCGGGAGGAGCCAUAGCAAGUUGGUCAAAAGGGAACGACCGGAAGCAAAAUGUCAUUCAAUGAAAUGAGUUACUUCCCAGGUAUAAUCAUUCUGAACACAGAGAAAAGACAUAUUUCAGAGACAGAUGCCGUAGAGCUAAACUCAACCAAGAUUUUAUUUUUCAGAGUAACUUAUUAGGCAGUUUAAAAAGAAGGGAAGUUACUUGUUUCUAGUCUUUGCAAAUGGAAAAUUUCUCUUUAGACAGUCUCCGUCUUAUUUUUGUG